GGUGGUUUCAAUUUUCAAAGCAGGUCUGUUUGUGGGACAGCUCGCUUGUUUAUAGAGAGCGGGUUGGGCAUGUCCACCACCAAUUUCCCAAAUUUUUCUUGAAAAGCAGAUCCCUGUCGCAGCAACUUAAACAAUGCAUUACAUAUGGUCACUGCAGUGGCUUCCAAAACCCCUAAUAUGUAUCCCAUGAGCGAAACCUAUUCUCUGAGAGAUCUAGAAAAACAGGGUCUAAUUUAUCAGUAUUCUUCUAUCGAUGGGAUAUACGUGCACCAUGCUCGUCUAAUUUGGUAGCGUGCCGACUUUUCAUAUUAGCCGUUGCACAUUUAUCUAUACUGUACUUGUUAUAAAAUUCCUACAUUUUGCAUUACCACUUCAUUACCUUCUGUAUAGGUACUUCCAAAGCGAUGAGCACCGAGGACGGAGCAGAUUCACCAACGGUGGCUCCGUUGCUUGGGACACUCUUCCGCGUAGUUCGCUUUCUGAGGAUUGGGACUCUGCUGAACUCAGGCAUCUGCACCCGUCGCGAGCAAUAGACAUUCCGUUUAGGUGUUUCUGUCAGACGGCACACUUCUUACCAGUUCUGAAUACCCAAAAUUGUGUCGCUAUUUCUAGUGAUAGAGGCAUGUGAGUGCCUUGCCUAUUCCACGAGCGGACCAUUCCUUCUUGUUCAACCGCUUACUACAUGGUUGUUCGAUGGAAAUGGAGGAUUCCCAAAAGGUACGAAUAAUGCAAUUAUGGGUUUACCACGCAUCCUCCAUGUAUGUCAAAUGUCGUGCGUGGAAUUCAUACCCCUUCUGGAACCCUAACUCGUCGGUGGGUACAGCUCGCUACACUGCUACACACUUCUUGCAAAACAUCUGCCGGUGCACAACUUAUUCCCAGAUCAUCUUUGAAAGACCUAUUAUUUAAGAGACAAUUAUUCAA